AUGAGUGUGCUCAAACCAAGCGGGCUCAAGGUCCCCACCAAGAUCCUUAAGCCUGGCAGCACAGCCUUGAAGACUCGCACUGCUGUUGCAGCUCCAGUAGAAAAAGCAACAUCCAGUGAAAAAGCAUCAGGCGCCUCUUCCCCUGAGGCACAAGAGGAAUUUGUGGACGACUUCCGAGUUGGGGAGCGAGUUUGGGUGAAUGGAAAUAAGCCUGGAUUUAUACAGUUUCUGGGUGAAACUCAGUUCGCACCAGGCCAGUGGGCCGGAAUUGUUCUAGAUGAACCCAUAGGCAAGAAUGAUGGCUCAGUGGCAGGAGUCCGGUAUUUCCAGUGCGAACCUUUAAAGGGCAUAUUCACCCGGCCUUCCAAGUUGACGAGGACGGUGCAGGCUGAAGAUGAAGCCAGUGGCCUGCAGACGACUCAGGCUUCCAGAACAACCUCGCCUCUGUCCGCUUCUGCAGCCAGCAUGGCAGCCUCCUCCCCAGCCACCCCCUCACAUAUUCCUCAGAAGUCGUCCCAGCCAACAGCAAAGGAACCCUCUGCUAUACCUCCGAUCAGCAACCUCACAAGAACUGCCAGUGAAUCCAUCUCCAACCUUUCCGAGGCUGGCUCGGUCAAGAAAGGAGAGAGAGAACUCAAAAUUGGAGACAGAGUACUGGUCGGUGGCACUAAAGCUGGUGUCGUCCGGUUUCUCGGGGAGACGGAUUUUGCCAAGGGCGAGUGGUGUGGUGUGGAGUUAGAUGAGCCUCUCGGGAAGAAUGACGGGGCUGUUGCUGGCACAAGGUAUUUUCAGUGUCAACCCAAAUAUGGCCUGUUUGCUCCCGUCCACAAAGUGACCAAGAUCGGCUUCCCGUCCACUACGCCGGCCAAAGCCAAGGCCGCCGCCGUGAGGCGAGUGAUGACCUCCACGCCCGCCAGCCUGAAGCGCAGCCCAUCCGCGUCCUCUCUCAGCUCCCUGAGCUCGGUGGCCUCCUCCGUGAGCAGCAAGCCCAGUCGCACAGGAUUAUUGACCGAAACCUCCUCCCGGUACGCCAGGAAGAUCUCCGGCACCACCGCCCUCCAGGAGGCCCUGAAAGAGAAGCAGCAGCACAUUGAGCAGCUGCUGGCCGAACGGGAUCUAGAGAGGGCGGAGGUGGCCAAGGCCACGAGCCACGUGGGGGAAAUAGAGCAGGAGCUAGCUCUGGCCCGGGAUGGACACGACCAGCAUGUCCUGGAGCUGGAGGCCAAGAUGGACCAGCUGCGAGCCAUGGUGGAAGCUGCCGACAGGGAGAAAGUGGAACUGCUCAACCAACUCGAAGAGGAAAAAAGGAAAGUGGAGGAUCUUCAGUUCCGGGUGGAGGAAGAAUCAAUUACUAAAGGCGACCUUGAGGUGGCUACAGUGUCAGAAAAGUCUCGUAUAAUGGAGCUAGAGAAAGACCUAGCGUUGAGAGUACAGGAAGUAGCUGAGCUGCGAAGAAGGCUCGAGUCCAAUAAACCUGCCGGGGAUGUUGACACGUCACUUUCCCUUUUGCAAGAGAUAAGCUCUUUGCAGGAGAAGUUAGAAGCCGCCCAUACUGACCACCAAAAAGAAAUCGCCUCCCUGAAGGAGCGUUUUGGAGCCCAGGAGGAAACCCACCAGAAGGAGGUGAAGGCUCUGCAGGCUGCCGCAGAGAAGCUCUCCAAGGAGAACGAGUCGCUGAAAAGCAAGCUUGACCACGCCAACAAGGAGAACUCGGACGUGAUCGCCCUGUGGAAGUCCAAGCUGGAGACCGCCAUCGCGUCCCACCAGCAGGCCAUGGAGGAGCUGAAGGCUUCCUUCAGCAAGGGGUUGGGGACAGAGACGGCUGAGGUGGCCACAUUGAAAACGCAGAUAGAGAAAAUGAGACUAGAUUACCAGCAUGAAAUAGAAAGCUUGCAGAAUCAACAAGACUCCGAUCGGUCUGCUCACACUCAAGAGAUAGAAGCCGUCAGGGCAAAGCUGAUGGAGGUCAUUAAGGAGAAAGAGAACAGCCUGGAAGCCAUCCAGUCAAAACUGGAGAAGGCCGAAGACCAGCAUCUGGUAGAAAUGGAAGAUGCUAUGAGCAAGCUGCAGGAAGCCGAGAUAAAGGUAAAGGAGCUAGAGGUGCUGAAGGCCCAAUGCAGUGAGCAAACCAAGGUUAUCGAUAGUUUUACAUCACAGCUCACGGCUGCCGAGGAAAAGCUUCUGGAUCUGGACACCCUUCGGAAAGCCAGUUCCGAAGGUAAAUUGGAGAUCGAGAAACUUAGACAGCAGUUUGAGGCAGCUGAGCAACAGAUUAAGCACUUAGAGGUUGAAAGGAAUGCUGCAAGUGACAAGGCUAGUAGCAUUUCCAAAGAGCUGCAGGGGAAAGAGCUCACACUCAGCAAACUUGAGGAGCGAGUGAGUGAAGUCAGUCACGUGAAAGAGGCUUUGGAGAAAGAGCUUCAGAUGUUGAAAGAAAAAUUUGCUGGUGCUUCAGAGGAGGCAGCCUCUGUCCAGAGGAGUAUGCAAGAAACUGUAAAUAAGUUACAUCAAAAAGAGGAGCAGUUUAAUGCGCUAUCUUCUGAAUUGGAGAAGUUGAGAGAAAAUCUAACAGGCAUGGAGGCAAAAUUUAGAGAGAGAGAUGAAAGAGAAGGGCAGUUGAUAAAGGCAAAAGAAAAACUGGAAAACGACAUUGCAGAAAUAAUGAAAAUGUCAGGAGAUAAUUCUUCCCAGUUGACAAAAAUGAAUGAUGAGUUACGUCAGAAAGAAAGAAAUGUGGAAGAAUUACAGCUAAAACUUACAAAGGCCAAUGAAAAUGUGAGCUGUCUGCAGAAAAGUAUUGGGGAUGUGACUCUCAAAGCUGAACAGAGCCAGAAAGAAGCAACUAAAAAGCACGAGGAAGAAAAGAAAGACUUGCUGGAAAAACUGCUGGACCUGGAAAAGAAGAUGGAAGCGAGCCACCACCAGUGUCAAGAUCUGAAAGCCAAGUAUGAGGAAGCCAGUUCUGAGACCAAGGCGAAGCACGAGGAGGCCCUGCAGAAGCUGCAGACGCUGCUGCGGGGCACAGAGGAGAGGCUGGCGGCCACCCAGGAGCAGAACAAGGACUUGAUGCAGGAAGUGGUGGAACUGAAAAAACAAGCCGAGGAUGCUAGAGCUGCUCAAACAGCAGAAGACGCCAUGCAGAUCAUGGAACAGAUGACCAAAGAGAAGACGGAAACUCUGGCCUCCUUGGAGGAUACCAAGCAAACCAAUGAAAAACUGCAGAAUGAAUUGGAUACACUUAAAGAAAACAACUUGAAAAAUGUGGAAGAGCUGAACAAGUCGAAAGAACUUCUGACUGUUGAGAAUCAGAAAAUGGAAGAAUUCAGGAAAGAAAUAGAAGCCCUGAAGCAGGCAGCCGCUCAGAAGUCCCAGCAGCUUUCAGCACUGAAAGCGGAGAACGUGAAACUUGCCGAGGAGCUGGGGAGAAGCAGGGACGAAGUCACGAGUCACCAGAAGGUGGAAGAGGAGAGAUCUGUGCUCAAUAAUCAGUUGUUAGAAAUGAAAAAGAGAGAAUCCCAGUUAAUAAAAGACGCAGAUGAAGAAAAAGCCUCCUUACAGAAGUCCAUCAGCAUUACCAGUGCCUUACUCACAGAGAAGGAUGCCGAGCUGGAGAAGCUGAGGAACGAGGUCACGGUGCUCAGGGGAGAAAACGCCUCUGCCAAGUCCUUGCAUUCAGUUGUCCAGUCUCUUGAGUCUGAUAAGGUGAAGCUUGAGCUCAAGGUGAAGAACUUGGAGCUUCAACUCAAAGAAAACAAGAGGCAGCUCAGCAGCUCCUCAGGUAAUACUGAUACUCAGGCAGAAGAGGACGAAAGAGCCCAGGAGAGUCAGAUUGACUUCCUAAAUUCAGUCAUAGUGGACCUUCAGAGGAAGAACCAAGACCUCAAACUGAAGGUGGAAAUGAUGUCAGAAGCGGCCCUUAACGGGAAUGGUGAUGACCUAAACAAUUACGACAGUGACGACCAGGAGAAACAGUCCAAGAAGAAACCUCGCCUCUUCUGUGACAUAUGUGACUGCUUCGAUCUCCAUGACACAGAGGACUGUCCCACCCAGGCGCAAAUGUCCGAGGACCCACCGCACUCCACGCACCACGGCAGCCGGAGCGAGGAGCGCCCGUACUGUGAGAUCUGUGAGAUGUUCGGGCACUGGGCCACCAACUGCAACGACGACGAGACCUUCUGA